AUGGCGGAAGAAGAAGAUUUUAGCUCCCUCCCUUUGACAGACCGCUGGACCCACAAGGUGUGGAAAGUCCGGAAGCAGGCAUACGAAGAAGCGGCGCAAUUAUUCGAGAAGACCCCCGACGAAUAUGACCCAGUAUUCCGACCGUUUACCCAAGAUCCAGGGUUGUGGAAAUCCGCCGCAGGCGACUCCAACGUGGCAGCACAGCAGGAAGGUUUGGCAGCGCUGUGCGCGUUCCUGAAGUUUGGUGGUCGCGAUGGCGCGCUACGAGCUCGACAACACGCAGUAACACCGAUUGCCGAGAAAUGCUUAUCCUCCACUCGUGCGGCCAUCAAGACCUCCGCUGUUGAGGCGCUACUGCUCUUCAUCGAAGUCGACGUUCCCGGGCCUGUCAUCGAAGAAAUCCUCCCGGUUCUCUCGAGCAAACAGCCGAAGGUUAUCGCCGCGGCGCUCGCCUCCCUAACUCAGAUCUACCACAAUUAUGGCUGCAAGACUGCCGAUCCGAAACCAGUGCUCAAGUUCCUGCCCAAGGUUUUCGGGCAUGCCGAUAAGAAUGUCCGUGCCGAAGCAACAAACCUCGCAGUCGAGUUCUACCGGUGGCUUCGCGACGCCAUGAAGCCCGUGUUCUGGAAUGAUCUGAAGCCGACACAACAGACGGACUUGGAGGCACAAUUCGAGAAGGUCAAGGCGGACGGAGCACCGAAACAGGAGCGGUUGUUGCGGUCACAACAAGCCGAGAAGGAGCGUGCGCCCGCUGGCGGAGGGGAGGAGGAGUACGAGGAGGACGGCGGCGAGGCUGACGACGCCGGUGAAGCGGAUGCCUUCGAUUUGGCCGAGCCUCAAGACGUUGUUGGAAAAGUCCCCAAGGAUUUCUUCGACAACCUGGCGUCCUCGAAGUGGAAGGAGAGGAAGGAGGCAUUGGAGGCCCUGUAUGCCGUCGUCAACGUGCCAAGGAUCAAGGACGGAGACUUUCACGAAAUCAACCGCUGCCUUGCCAAGUGCAUGAAGGACGCCAACAUUGCGGUCGUCACACAAGCCGCUCAAUGCAUCGAGCUUUUAGCCAAGGGUCUUCGGAAGGGCUACGCGAAAUACCGCGCCACUGUAAUGCAGCCCAUCAUGGAGAGGUUGAAGGAGAAGAAGGCAACUGUCGCGGACGCCCUUGGGGCGGCACUCGACGCUGUGUUCCUGUCGACUGACCUUACCGAGUGCCUCGAAGACAUCACCACAUACCUUGUCCACAAGAACCCGCAGGUUAAGGAGGGGACGAUGAAGUUUCUGGUUCGGUGUCUGAGGACAACUCGGGAUGUCCCCGGAAAACAAGAGAUUGCCACCAUUGUCGGAUGCGCCAAGAAACUGCUUUCUGAAUCUAGUGAAGGUCUCCGUGCUGGUGGUGCCGAGAUUUUGGGCACUGUGAUGAAGAUUAUCGGCGAGCGAGCUAUGAACCCUCAUCUAGAGGGCCUCGACGACAUCCGAAAGACGAAAGUCAAGGAGUUCUACGAGACGGCGGAAGUCAAGGCCAAGGACAAGCCAAAGCCGCCACCUCCGGCUGCACGAGCGCCGCCAGCCGCUGCGAAGAAGGCUGUUGGUGGUGCUAAGAAGUCGGCGCUUGGUGCGAAGAAACCUCCACCAGCUGCCGCAGCCCCCGCCGAGGCACCCUCGGCCCCUGCCCCUCGCGCGGGUCCUGGGAGUAAACUCGGCAUGCCUAAGCCGGGCGGCCUGGGCGCUUUGAAGGCCCCUCAGAAGCGUUCAUUAGCAGCGCCCGGCGGUGCUUCACCCAGACGACCUGCCCCAGCCCAGUCACCGCCUCCAGUGGAGGAGGAAGAGCUGCCAGCGUCCCCACCUCCAGCAAAACCCGCACCACGCAUGGGCCUUGGCCGCGGUGGUCUCGCCGGCCGUUCUUUAGCGAAGCCCGCAGCGCCCGGUAUGCCCGUUGCUCCACCAUCCCCAACACCUGCAUCGGGUUUGACGGCGAUUGAGCGUGCCGAGCUUGAAGAACUCCGUGAUGCGAACGAACGACUGCUCAAGGCCCUCGACGACGCGAGACACGACCGGUCGAAGUUGAUGUCGGAGAUCCAGGAGCUCAAGAACCAGAAUGCGGGCCUUAUCGAGGACCACACAAGGGAUGUGCUUUCCAUUAAGGCGAAGGAGACGCAGUUGGUCAGGGCGCGCAGCGAUGCCGACGCUGCGGAACAAACCAACGACCGACUCCGGCGCGAGCUGGACCGCUUGAAGCGUGCCUUGAGUAAGGCCGAGGCACUCAGUGGGCCAGGUGGGCCUGGCAGCCCCAGCUCCCCCGGCGGACUUGGCUUCCGGACUAUGAGCCCGACGCAGGACGAGUUUUACCGGGAUCAGUCCGCGGGCAGGCAUCGGAUGAGCAUUGUCAGCACGCUCAGCGAGGAGAAAGAGAACGGUGAGGGUUUGCCUCAUCCGUUAAGCAAGUAUACCGGGAGCAACGCAAGUAGCGGGCGUGCGAGUCCAGCAAGAGGGUUCCGCCGCGACGUCAGCAUGGAAGAGAAGGAACCAAGGGCCGCCGAGGCUCCUCCGGCGUACAGUGAGCGGGCUGGAAGUAGGACGGGUAGCAGGACGAGUGGAAGGGAGACGCCUUCCGGUGGGGGUAACGGUGCCACGUCUGGGAUGGAGAGCUGGAAGAGGGCGGCCGAGGUCACGAGCCAGCUCAAGGCACGGAUCGAGCAGAUGAAGGCAAAGCAAGCUAGCAGGCCGCAGUAG